CAGUUAUCCACAAGUCACGCUUUGUGAGUAAUCUAUGGACAUUUGUACAAUAUUGCACCAAUCAGAUCCACCACUGUAACGGCAUAAAGAGCUUAAUAUAAAGAAGCUGGAAAUAAAAUUUUGAAUCAGUGCAUCUAUUUUGCUCUCAAAAGUGAAUGAACAAAAGGACGUUUUCGUUUUAUUUACUUGAAGUUUUGGCAGUACAUUUAGUGAAGCGGUGGCCAUUCUAUGACAAAUUAAUACAGAAACAUGUUUCAAUUCGACCGAAAGACGGAUAUAUCCAUUCAGGAAAAUUAGAAAAUAUACAAGUUCCUUUCGACAUUAUACAUUGCAAUAUUUGGACACUUGCAAAAGGAUGGCUUUGGUGGCUGUAUAUAUCAGGUUGCUAGUAACUCUAGAAUUUGUCCAAACUGUUACAUAUGGAUUUGCAAUAGCGUUAGCAGUGGAUAAGCAGGUUAAGGUGGAUAGAAUGAUACUUGCACGUAAUUCACAAGCAAGAACGAAAGAUAUUGGUCAACAGUAUCCAUCAGUAUAUCAUUAUGCAAGACAUGGAUUAUGCCGAACCUUCAAGGGGAAACAUUAUUUGUACAAAGCCAUGAAGACAAAAUUAUGCGGAAUGAAACGGUCUUUCGUUGCAAGCUUCGUGAUAGAUUUAUGCCGUCAUAAAAAUAGGCUGCUCGAUAAAUGGGUUGCUGAACUGUUCGACAUUGACGAGGAUGGUUACAUUACUCAUUUCGAAAGAAAUAUUUAUGUUGUUGAUGACUGAAUCGGCAAAAAAGAGAACACAGUCAUGGUUGAAACCUGAAACAUAUCGAUUUGUCACAGAUAGAACAACACAGUGCAGAUCUCGAUACGUUGUACUAUCAUGUUUGGAAUAUAACAGCAGAAUGCAGCACUGAAACAAUUAACAUUUAUAUCAUGAACAGUAAAUGCUAAUGCCUGCAGUAGUCAGCCCUGGAUAGUUGAAGUCACGAAAAAUGCUAGUGUAGCAUGAAAAUGUCAGCCCUGUGCAGGUGGCAACUAUAUAUAAUAGUGUAUACCUGUAGAGAGAACACCCAUGAAAAACAAAGGCAAUUUUUCAAUCUUAGGUUGUUCACACGUAGUUGUUCUUCCUAAUUACAGGAGAUGCUACUAAGAGAAACUGGAGCGUAGAUUAUUAUUUAAAUGACUUUGGUUUUAAACAAUAAUAAUGAUAAAAAUCAUUAAUAUCAAACAAUUACUUCUAUCAUAUUAAUUGACUGAUGUAUUUAUUUAUUUAUCUAUUUGUCUUAUCAGUCAAAUGUUUAGAGAUGUGGUUAGUUUGAUAUACACUAGAGAUUACCUGAAACAAACAUUAUUAAAGUUUUUACAUUAUUUAUAAUUGACCUUACGCCAGUGUUGACUGACAGGUUCCAACUGACCAAUCAGAUAACAGAACUGAUAAGCCUUGUUGUUAGCCGCCAUUUUGUCCGUCAAACUUAGUGCCGGACUCCAUUUAGACUUAGAGACUCGUCAAAACGAUUUCAUCGUUAAGCCGACUCAAUAAAAAACUAUGAUUAAUAUAAGAUUAUUUUAUUGAGUGUAAUCAACAAUUUUCCAGGCGCUCAAAGUUUUGACUUAGCACUCGGUGUGUGCUUUUGUUCUAAAUUUAAUUUUAAUAGACAGCGUAAACUUCGUCUAAAAUUUCAGAAAAAAUAGCAUAUUUCGUAUAAAGAAGAUAUGUUCUUAAACAAAAAUUAUACAUUUAUUCUGUAUACUUUAUAAAGAAAUUUGGUAGGCUCAAACAUUGUUUAAGCUGCGAUGCGCCGGUAUAUGUCUUGAAAUAUGAGUAUGGACUAUAUCAUCGCCUUGGACUAUAUCUUAUUUAUUUAUCAUUUACACGUUUUAAUUCUAAUAAGAGAACUUUCUUUACUUAUACUUAAAACACAUCAUGUCUAAGUAUUAGACAUUAAAUGCUAUGUAUCUGCAUAAUGUUGAACAAUGAUAUGAGCAUCUUAAACGAGUUCCGGUAUUUCGAAAUCCGACGUUUCUUAAAUGACACAAGUGACAAUUUUUACAUGUAAAUUACCUUAUUUAAUUUAUCUAAUUAUUUUGAAAUAGGAUUCAGAAUCCACAGUCUGAUUUCAACCUUAAUUAAUAAAAAUCAAUGUUCUAGUCUGCUUAAUAUAGUCAUACCCUACAUGAUUUCCGGGAGAUCGAAAUUUGACGUUUCUAUAAUGAAAAAGAAACGGACAAUUAAAAAAAACCCACAAAAUCAGCUAUAAUGGUUUCAGAGAUUUCCAUCUUUUUUACGUGUUUUCCGCUCGGCCCCCUGCCUUGUUUAGUUUUUCUCAUACUCGGGUGCAGUUCCCGGCUUUUAACAACAACAUAUCGUUGUUUUUGUAGAAUUUAUGUUUCGCUACAGAACAUCCACUUAUUAACGAUUGUGUUUUGUCUUUUCACUUUAGAAAUACGUGUGAAUUGAGGUAGCGUACGCCGAAAUCAACUAGAAUGUCCGGCAAAAUAUUUCUGCCGUCGCCAUUUGAUUCCUUUGUUUGUCGGACCUAGCAUGAAUUGUUCCCCCCUGAAAACAGGCUAUCUAGCGUAAGGUCAAUUGCGAUUCACUUGCCGUCCAUUUCAUGGCUGAUUUGUAUAUAUCUGUCAGAUAAAUUGCCCAUGUCAAUUAAUUAUGGCGUUUCUUCCUUUGAACAUAUGACUGUACAUGACUGUAUUUUGUAACCAGUAACAUGACGUUUUUAAUCACUGUCAUCAACAUAAAGACACAUAUCUAUUUUCCUAGAACCGUCAGAUCAAAGCAUAUUGAGUGAAGUGAAUAUAUUACGAAUAUCUUGGUAAGCAAGACGGAUUCCUGCAUUUCUUGAUGCAAAACAUAACUUAACAUAACUUCUUUCUUCCGAUUCUUCCAACUGGAAAAAGUAGAGAACAUAUCUUUAGAACUAAGAAAAUACAGUCUUUUAUUAAGAUAAAUUCGCCACGGAUACGAAAUGGAUUACAUUUUAUCAAAUAUAGGUGUUCAUAACUUAAUCACUUAAAUACUUAAAGGCCAAUUUUGAAAAUUAUUUCUCAUACAAAAUAUAGCAGACAGAAUUAAGAGAAUCAUGUUUUAACAUAUCGAAACAAUACGAUGAGGUUAUACGCGUGUGGAAUGAUUUUACGAGCGAAUUAUACACAUUCGUGUUAUUGAGAUAUGUUAAAACAUGGCUCAGCUAUAUAUGUUAUUAUUAUAUAUAUAUAAUUUUCCGAUUUAAUAUUUAUUUUAUGUAAACAAGUAGUUGACACAGGGAGGUACUAUUUCAUUGCGCAUGUAUGGCGCCAAGAACAGUCCAAUUACAUGCCGCCAUGUCUCUCAAAAAAUGAUUGCUUUUCAAUGUGUUCGGUUAUUGUAAAGAUCAAAUAUAUAAGAAAAUAUCUAGGAACAUGGAGCACAACCAAUCACUUUAGCAGCAGACUCGGUUUGAAACAGCUUGAUCAGGCGAGGUUUUGAAAAAUAAAACUACACGUGCAUCCUUUAAGGUAUCUGAAUUCAUCAUCUGUAAUGGAAUUGGUCCCCCGAUCAAACAGAAACUUGCAACUGCGACUGUUAUCCUUAUAAAAUGUUCAUAUGCGAAAAGCAUAAAACUAGGUUUAUACACGAGUUUUUGUCAGGCUAUCUACAUUAAUAAAUCUCUACUAAAAUUCACAUGUUUUUAGUUUGCCUUUUCAACUGUGACUUUUCCUUAUAAAUCUUUAUCCUUGUUUUUACACUGUGGAUCUGUGAUUAUGUCUGUAUUACGAAUAGUGUACGAUUGUAUAUUGGAUCUUGGUCACGGAAUGCCAUGACUUAAGUUCUUUAAAAUAAAACAUUCACGAAAUUGGCACUAAACCUGGUUUUGCGGCAACACAAACAUUAUUCAAAGCUUUUACAGUUACUUAAAAAAUGAGAAUGGAGUUUUUAACAUAAUGUACUGCGAGUUUCUCGGAUAUGAAAGCUCAUGACUUUGACCAAAACGACUUUUUCGUUGGGAUAUGAAUUGAACAGUAUUAUUUGUUCGUUUCGGUUUAAUUCCAUGCAUUUGUACAACCGCGAACUCAAUGGAAAUCAGUAUCUUU